CGCUCCGACCGUCCACCCCUCAGUGCGCACAGGCCAUUCUCAGCUCCGCACGGCGACCCAGCGCAACAGAUUCCUUCCUUUUUCCUGAACUCACACUCAUCACCGUGCGUUGCUGACGCCCCAGUGAGCAUGAACCUCAGUCUCCCGGACCAGAGCAUGCACAGCUCCAGUGAAGGCUGCAUGGAGGACGACAAACCUGACGUCAUGUUGCCUUGCUUCCGCAGAAACAUGUAUGACGAGCCUUUGGCCUCAUACUCCAACGGCUCCAUCAUCUCUCAGCUCCUUCGCAAGACAAUCCACAGCAAGAGGGCACUGGAUGAAAGCCAUUUCUACCUUUCGGGCUCCACCGCUGCUGACUCUGGCCAGGAAGACCAGAGCAGCGUCUCCUCUAAGGACAGCACGGUGGAAGCCACCUCCCCCACUGGUCACAUCUCCACAGGAACCAGUGUGGACGGUGAGCAUCCCAUGGCCGACCACCUGCAGGCCAAGAGAGCCAGAGUGGAGAACAUCAUCAGGGUCAUGGCUGGCUCUCCCAACAGCAAGCAGCACGGAGACAGCGAGAGGUCAGAUGCAGAGGUCAGAGACACCAGGGAGGCCAGGGACGUCUACAGGGAGAACAAACGCAAACAGAGGUUGCCUCAGCACCAGGAGCACAGUGUCGGAGGACCGGCGAACAGACGACCUGGGAGCAGCAGUGGUGACAACUGUAACACCAAGGACGAGGAGUGUCACAAGCUGAAGGAGCAGCUCCACAGCAUGCAGAGGCUCCUGCGUCAACUCCAGGAGAAGUUCCUUCAAGUUUACAACCGGGACGAUCCUGAACAUGACGUCAGAGAAGAAGCAGAAAUCGCCGUUGAGCAGGACACUGGCAGAGAGCGCAGAGUCACGCUACAGAAACGCUGAGCUGAAGAUGAUUUUGAGAUGAAGAACAGCAGGAUGACAGCAGAGUGUAAGGACCGAAUGAAAGCGACCGGUCAUGUGGCACAACAGAGAGAAAAUCAGAACCUACAGGACGCCCUGAAGCAGGAGCUCUCCCGGGCUGUAAACGAGUGUGUGGACAGGGUGUUCAAGAAGACGUCCUCCACAGGGCUGGACUUCUCCCCUCAGCCGUGCAUGUGCUCGUCUCCGGAGAUGCAGAUGAGUGUGGGCCCAGACAGGAAGAGCCAGCAGGCCAGCUCCACCCAUGAUCAGCCCCAGUCUGAGGAGGCAGCCGUCAAACCCCGUUCCUUGGAGUACUACAAAAGCUCUGCAGCUCAAAGCCCACAGGACCAGACAGAGGCUCUGUCACUGGUGGUCCGCAAGCCGCCAGUGACCCCCAUGAGCUCGGUAACCCAAACAGUGAAGAGGCCCUACCCUGUGCACCAGACACCAUUUCAGUUCAAUUACAGCACCCCGCUGCACGACAGCCAGAUCCUCGAGCACCUCCUCAAGUACGGGCCCCAUUCCAGCUUUGGGGCUCUGCCCUGCAUGCCCCCGUCAAUGGACAGGAACUCUCCAGACUCAGUGGACCUGCCCUGGGAAACCCUCACCAUGAGGUCCAAGGUGACCUCCAGCCACCUGGGCCACCACCCUCGCCCCUCCGCCCUGGGGGCAGUGACGGUCGACAGUCUGUGUCUCCCUCACGUCAAGAUCGAGUGCAGUGAUCUGCAGAGCAUGGCUGAACGAAACCCCUACAUGUCUCUCAACAUCCAGGAGGGUCUCACCCCGAGCCAUCUGAAGAAGGCAAAGCUCAUGUUCUUCUACACCCGCUACCCCAGCUCCAACGUGCUGAAAACUUUCUUCCCUGAUGUCAAGUUCAACCGCUGCAUCACCUCUCAGCUGAUCAAGUGGUUCAGCAACUUCCGGGAGUUCUACUACAUCCAGAUGGAGAAGUUCGCCCGCCAGUGCAUCGUCGACGGCAUCAGCGAGGUCAAAGACAUCACAGUUAGCAGGGACUCGGAGCUGUUCCGGGCACUGAACAUGCACUACAACAAAGCCAAUGACUUCCAUGUUCCAGACAGAUUCCUGGAGGUUUCUGAGAUCACCCUGCACGAGUUUUACAGCGCCAUCUCCGCCGCCAAAGAUUCGGACCCCUCGUGGAAGAAGGCUAUUUACAAGGUGAUCUGCAAACUGGACAGUGACGUCCCCGAUGAGUUCAAGACAUCUUCCUAUUUAUAGGCUUAAAGAGCAGAAAUGUACAGGUGAAGGAAUUCGGCGAGUUUUGAAGUUAGUCCCUUGACAGUAUUAUUUGUUGUAGUGCAUUUUAGUGAAGUGAAAUGUAGAUGUUAAAGAAAUGAUUAUUUUGUUAAUCUGUAAAAAAAGAAAAAAAUUAUGAAUAGUCUGAAAUGUUGUCGUUUUACUUUUAUCAAUACACAGGUAUUGAUAAAAAUUAAUGAUCCUGUGGUUUACACUAUUGUUUAGUAUUUCCUCUUAUAAUCUGCCUCAACACAUUUAGAGAGUUAUUGAUUUUGUGGGUGUGUAAAAUUGUUUACAAAAGUGUAAUCAUUUGUAGUGUGGCCUUAUUUAAUUGAGCUGGAAGAGAGUUUUUUUUUUUUGUGGAAGUUAUCCUUUGUUUUCCUUCUUUCUUAGGUGUUUGUGUGUUGUGUAAAUGUACAAGCGCUGCUGUUGUAUGUUGCAUAAUAUUCUAUGAAUUUGUUGUAAACUAUGAGCUUGACGGAAUGUGCAUGUGAAAAUAAUGCAAGUGACUGUCAUGAGUUUUACCAUCAUGUAUAAAAAGUUGUGUAAACAACAAUCAUUUUCAGAUAUUUCAGUCAUAAACAUUGUACUGGAUGAUUAUUGAAAUUAAAGAUGCACUAAAUUAUAAUAUAAAAUA